AUGGUGCAGGAUGUGCGCAUUUGGCAGCUGGGCCCCGGGGACUUUGGAACUUUGCGAGCGCAGUUCACCAACCUCAGGAGCAGCGCAGGGUUGAUGCGAAAUGAGGAUGAGGACUUCAGCUUUGGCUACGUGGUAGAGACCUUCUACGAUCAGCCCUCUGCCGAAGUCUUCCUUUUGGCAGGUGCUGGCACCGCCGGAGAUUUGCUGCUCUUCCGGGUGACGCUGGCGGAGGCCGUGCCAGCCGCGGUCUUCAGCUCUGGAGGUGGCAAUCCAGGCCAUAGCGGCAUCGUGCGGUCUGCGCUGUGCUUACCCGGCGGACGCGUGCUGACGGCAGGGGAGGUGAUCUCGAAGGCACCGCAGCGAGAUGGACCCCUGUCGGAUGGGCUGGAGAACAUCUAG